GCCCCUCCUGCGGCUGGAGCGCUUCCAGAGCAGAGGCGCAGCGCCGCUCUCUUCUGCGCCCGCUCAGCGGUCCUCGAGCUCGUCGCCGUCCUCCUCCCCUUGCUCCUCCUUCUCCUGCCGCUGCCCUCAGCAGCAGCUCCGGGAGCCGGCUCCUCCUCUCCCUCCCUCCCCCAGCUCUUGCGCUCUCUCCGCUAACUUUCCCCGAGCCCGGGCGGGCGGCGCAGAGCUGCCGGCGGCUUCGCCGCCCACUGCAGACCGCGGGCUGCGAGCGGCUGUGCCCUGUAUCUCGUCCCCGCGCCCCCGGCGCGCUCCGGAGACCACACGAAGAUGCCCGGGGCCGGGGACAGAGGCGCAGCCCGGGCGAGAUGGCUGGGCACUGGGCUUUUGGCUCAUAGACGGGACGGUAAAGAACGAGAAGUCCGACCCCAAGGUGAAGUUCAAAAGUGAUGAUCGCAUCACUCUGGAGGGUUCCACUAAGGAGAAGAUGAACAACAUUUCCAUUCUGCUGAGGAACCUGGAAUUCAGCGACACAGGCAAAUACACCUGUCAUGUGCAGAACCCCAAGGAGAAUAAUUUUCAGCACCAGGCUACCAUCUUCCUCCAAGUCGUUGAUAAACUGGAAGAAGUGGACAACACGGUGACCCUCAUCAUCCUGGGCGUCGUGGGUGGGGUCAUCGGGCUCCUCAUCCUCAUCCUGCUGGUCAAGAAGUUCAUUGCCUUCAUCAUCAAGAAGACUCAGGAGAAGAAGAAGGAGUGCCUUGUGAGUUCCUCAGGGAAUGAUAACACAGAGAAUGGGCUGCCUGGCUCUAAGGCGGAAGAGAAACCACCAACCAAAGUGUGAGCCCCCGCUGGGGGCCAAGCCGCAGCCUGGGCCUCACUUGCUGAUGACGAACUGAUGCUUGAGCCAUGUCCGUGAACCCACGUGCCUGAGACACCUGCUGCUUGGCUCCAACUGUAGUCUUCCUGGAGAGAAACUGGGGUCCUGCCCAGCCUGCCUGCUCCCUCCCAGCCAGGGCUCCCAAGGGAUGGGGGCUGGCCAGGGGAGGGGGCUUGUGGAAAGUUCAGGAAAGGAAAGGAGGGCUGGGUGGUGUGGAGGGCGGUUUCCCUGACACCUGGGGUACAUGGGGUCUUCUUUAGUCUCCUGACCCUGUAUGAGCAAUACCUUGGUUUUCCUCCAGUUUUCUCUUUAAGAGAGACUUGGGGGGAUCAUGAGGCCUGCCCUAACAGAUGAAUAAUAGUGUGGAGAUCUAACCCUUUUGGUGGUGGAUGUGGCCUAGAAGAUUCUGUACAGGAUCCGGGGCGGGAGCCUACUGGAGGGGUGCUGAUAGUGAGAGGCUCCGAUGGAUACUGACCCCCCAGGUCCCUCUAGUAAGGCGCUUCCCUCCCUCCCACACAGGGUGUCUGGCAGCCCCUGAUCCAUCCCCACUCCCCAGACCCCUGCCACCCCCCCUGCUUCUUGGAGUCUGUGAACCCUCCCAACUAGGGCUGGCCACCCUGGUCUUGGGGUCCCGGCCCCCCUAGCCUGCUCCUCUGAUCUCUGAGUUUCUAAGGGGCUCGUGUUGGGGAGCCUCCCGCCUUCCUGGAGCACUGGGGUGCUACCUAUGCCUUUCCUAGCAUUUCUCCUUGGGGAAACAGGACUGCAGAGAUGGGAGAGCCUAUGUCCGGGACCUCUUGGCCACUGGGAUGCCCACCCCAGCCCCACCCAUCCUGGCUGCCCCUUCUUGGCAUGGCUGGCCCAUUGCCGCCCCUGGGAACUCCUGAGCCUGCCUCCCCUCCGCUCUUCUUUCCCUGAGGCAGCAGGUGGCAUCCUCUUGCUUGAGGUGUUGUUCCCUCAAAUCCUCCCCUCCCACGGAUUCACGCCCACACCUCCCUUGCCUCUUGCUCAUCCAUCACACCUUCUCCCCUGGCCCAGGGUUGUUCACCUCCACCCUGGGGUCAAGGGCUUGCUUUCACCUCAGGGAUCCUCUUGCUUCAGAAGAGGGAGCCCCUUGUGUUUUCUGGCUGCUUCCUGUUCAGCUCUGUCACCCCUUCCUCACCUCCCCCAGGGUUGGGGAGGAGCAGGGAGAGGGUUCUCAUUCUUCCUUUGCUUUCCUGAGAACUGGUUUGCACACCCCUGUGUGGGGGGCUGGACUGUGCCUUAGCUUGUCAUGUCCAGGCUCAUCCCCUCCAUCCCCUCUCCAGCCUGUGCAUGACAGCCAGCCCUGGGGUGUCGCUAUGAGGGGUUCCCCAACCUGCCUCCGCCCAAGGUCAUGCUGGAGACCCUGGAGCUGGGGUGGUGCCACCCACGGCCCCCUGGACAGUGAUGGAAUCUUGGAGCUGUUGGGAGACAGUGGUAGUGUCCCCACGGGGCGGGAGGGAUUAAGUGAGUGCUGCGGUGUUAGAGGAGGACUCUGCCAUCUGCUUCUGCUCACUUCCUCUCUGAUACUCUGUCCUUUGGGCCUGGGAGGAAUGCGAGGGCAGUAGCCUCCCUUUCCAGAGGUUUUUUUUUUUUUUUUUUUCCCUUUCCUUCCUCCUUUCCAAAGAGGUUAUGGGGACUGCCUCAGGAUUCUCCCUGUUAAAAAGCAGCUGCUGGCUUCCCCCAGGAUGGGGGUAGGGGAGACUGAGGAGCAGCAGCUCCGGCAGGUGCCUGGCUGUGGCCUGUGCCCCUCACCCCACCUGAUGGGUUCGCAGGGUCCCACUUUGAUCUGCCUGCAGGACUCCCAUCCUUGUCCCCCCAGAACCUGAGGCGCAGGCUCAGAUUGUCCUGGUUGGGAAGCAGACAGACAAGAGCUACCAGCCAUUUGGAAAACUUCUUGUGUCUACCUUCAUGAAAGCUGCUUUCUUUCUCCCUCCCAGCUCCAACAUUUGAAUGAGCUGAAUCAGCUGGGCUCCCCUUACUGGCUUUGGAGGAGGCCAGGUAUAAAGAGCAGGGGGGCUGUGGGGGAAGAGCAUCAUCCUUUCCACUCCUGGGUCUACUAUUGACUGAUAGGUGGGUCAUGCAUCUUCUCUGGGCUCAGCUUUUCCCAUCUAUAAAGUGGGUGUAAUCAUAUGUACCUACCUCCUGGGUUGUGGGGCUUGGUGAGUUUUUGUUUUAAAACAAACAAACAAACAAACAAACAGACAAACAGACAAACAACUUUUUGGCUUGGAAAGGGAUCUAGGAGGCCAGGCAUUAUAAUUGGAGGAAUUGUUCCAAGUCUGUCCUGUCCUCACCUCUGUGUCCCAUCCCUAGGAGACACAUGCACACACACUCACACACGCACACUCGCACGCAUGCACUUUCUCUCUCACUCUUGCGCACGUUCUCUCUCUUCCCACUCCUCCCCCUUGGAAUUAUUUUAGUCUUUGUAAUAUUAGAAACUUUGGCUCUGAUGCUUAAAGCUUCUUAUCCACGACUCUUGUUUGGGAGUUUCCAAUAGAGGUGAGAUGAUAGGGAAUCUGGGGGACAUUUUGGGUAGUCCCAGUGACUGCGGGCACUAUGGACAUUUAGAGAGUGCUCAGGAAUGCUCAGCUUCAUCCUCACAACAGAGAAUUGUUGUGCCCUAAUGCUGGGGUGCAACCCAUGGAGGAACAUGGGCAUGGAUUUGCAGUAGAAUGUCUGUGGGCAAAGCCAUCUUCUCAGAAAGAGCCUCAGUGCAUGCAGAUCUGCAGGGGCUGGUGAAGGUGUUUCCCGGGCUUGUGGGCUAGAGAGAACCAUUUACAGAGCUGAUCUUGGGAGCCCUGCAGGCACGCAGCUGUGCUGACAGUCAAGUCAGUGAGACCAAAGAUACAGUUUUCUGAGCUCCCCAUCUUUGACCUCAAAACGGGACCUCAGCAUUCCAGGCCUUGGGUUUCUCCCUGGGUAGGAAUUGAACAAAAGCUCAUCAGAAUGAAUCUGUGAGGCUAUAGUGAUCUGCGAGAGGGGUCAAUGGACUUCAGACAUUACCCACCUGCCUGGCUGAUCAGAGCAGGAGGUGAAGCGAGGGGUGUGACAGCGUGUCCCAGAGAUGGUGGCAGGUGAUGGUGUAUAUGGAGAUGCAUGCCUGUGGCCUGGGGGUCUAGAUGGGGGAGACUCGGCAACAUUUGGGGAGCCAUCUUCCCUGGCCUGAGCUACACCUGUUGGGACACCAGGAACCUGAGAAAAGAUAAGAGACAGAGGGGAAGACCAGCCAUGCUCUUUGGUUCCAUAACUCUGUGACUCCACGACUCCCUCCCACCGUUAUGGACAGCUGCCAGGAGUGCUAGAGGAGGGAGGGCAAGGAGGGGAAUUUCUUGGGAAAAAACCCUAUAGCUUGCUUCACCUCACUGUGUCCCAGGUUGGAGUCCCUCCCCUCCCACCUCCCACCUAAUAUUCAGAGCUUUUGACUAUCUUAUGCAUGGUUUAUUCCUCUGGCUUGGAUGACAAUACCCAUAGUCACUUUUUUUUUUUUUUUAUAUAUAUAUAACUAUAGAUCAAAACAAUGCAGCAGGGGGUCUGAGGCCUCUGGUCCAUGGGUGCCUCUGGGAGGCACAGAUAUGCACACACCCAGCAAUGACUUGUGUUCAAGCACAGAACAGAUGUGAUCAACUAUCCUGCCUUUAUAACACGUUUGGCAUUGUAGAAUUUUAUUUAGCUUUGCCUUGAAUGAAAUAAAAAUUAUGUUUAAUAGAAA